CCUUUCUUCCCCUCUCUCUCUCUCUCUCUCUCUCUCUCUCUCUCUCUCUCUCUCUCUCUCUCUCUCCUUCACUCCGCUCCUGCAGUGUGCUUUUCACAUUAUCUCGGCGCUCUUUCCACUCGCGCAGCGCCGGUUCCUCCCACGCGUUUCCGUCCCGCUCCGCCGAGUGUCCGCUGCGUCUCGGCUUGUCCGCGUUUUCCGGACCAACCAAAACACGAAAGACUUCUUUCUUAUCCCCUUUUCUGCUGAUGCGGCACCUCCGCCGCUAAUGUACCCACUACCCCACCUCUCUCUCACUCACUCUCUCCAUCACACCACCACCACCACCUCCAUCAUCUUUUUUCCCUCCUUCGCGCUGGGCAGCGGCAGAGGCGCGUUACGCUAAGAGAGCAGCGGCGCACGACGAGCACGAAAAAAACUAAACACGAGCGCGGAGAUCUUGUUGGUGCUGGUCACUUUUCUUCUCACGCUGUCGCUCAUUGGCGUCCGAGACCCUUCAGCGUGACGGUGAACAGACGCCGAUGUGGAGAUUUACCCACACACUGGCUGUGACUCUGCGGGAACGCGGAGGAUCGUUAGCGAAGGAAACCCGAGUCUGUUCGUUUAGCACGAAAGGAAAAGCUCUCGGCGCGCGGCGGAGCUCGGAUUGAAGCCAAAGUUGGAGCACCGGCUGUACGCAGGAGCCAGAUCCUACAAAGCCCUUGACUGAUCGCCAUAGUGAGUGGUGACCAAAAGAAGAUGAUGCAGCACUCUGCUGGAGACUGGAGCUAUGGGGAAGGGUAAUCGUCGGAGAAGCUCCUUUCUGAUGCCAGCUUAAGCUGCAGAGAGCAGAGCAAGGCGAGAAGCUGCAUGAACGUGCACCCAACCCCAGCAUCUCCUGUGGCGCUGCUGGUCUGAGCUCCGCAAUGACAGUGGUGGCAGGAGACCACAUGGACGAGAGCUCGGCUCUGGCAGGCCAUCCACAGGAGUCCUACGCCGCCGAGCACGAGGAGCACGAGUGCUGCGAACGUGUGGUCAUCAACAUCUCUGGCUUGCGCUUCGAGACCCAGCUCAAGACACUUGCUCAGUUCCCAGACACGCUGCUGGGCAAUCCCAAAAAGAGGAUGCGCUACUUUGACCCAUUGAGGAACGAGUACUUCUUUGACAGGAAUCGCCCAAGCUUUGACGCCAUCCUCUACUACUACCAGUCCGGUGGAAGGCUGCGGAGACCCGUGAAUGUUCCUUUGGAUAUGUUCUCAGAGGAAAUAAAAUUUUAUGAGCUUGGUGUUGAGGCCAUGGAGAAGUUCAGGGAAGACGAAGGCUUCAUCCGUGAGGAGGAGCGCCCACUGCCGGAGAAUGAGUUCCAGAGGCAAAUCUGGCUCCUGUUUGAGCAUCCUGAGAGCUCAGGUCCAGCACGCGGCAUUGCCAUUGUGUCAGUUAUGGUCAUUCUCAUAUCCAUCGUCAUAUUUUGCUUGGAGACGUUACCAGAGCUCAAGGAGGACCCACAGGGACAUUUACAAACUAUAGGGAACAGCACCUUCUAUUACAAACCAAACGUUCUCACGGAUCCCUUCUUUAUUGUGGAGACUCUUUGCAUCAUUUGGUUCUCCUUUGAGUUGAUUGUGAGAUUCUUCGCUUGUCCAAGCAAGGCAGCCUACUUCAAAAACAUGAUGAACACAAUCGAUGUGGUGGCCAUCAUACCUUACUUCAUCACACUUGGCACGGAGCUAGCAGAUGAUCCUGAGAACGGGAAGGAACCAAAGGGUGGGGGAGAGCAAGCCACGUCUCUGGCCAUCCUCAGGGUAAUCCGUUUGGUCAGGGUGUUCAGGAUCUUCAAGCUGUCGAGACACUCCAAAGGGCUGCAGAUUUUGGGCCAAACUCUGAAGGCAAGCAUGCGUGAGCUGGGCCUGCUCAUCUUCUUUCUCUUCAUUGGGGUCAUUUUGUUCUCCAGUGCUGUGUACUUCGCAGAAGCUGAGGAGAAAGAAUCCUUCUUCACAAGCAUCCCUGAUGCCUUCUGGUGGGCUGUGGUUUCCAUGACCACUGUGGGCUAUGGGGACAUGUACCCUGUGACCAUUGGGGGCAAAAUUGUGGGUUCCCUGUGCGCCAUCGCUGGCGUCUUGACCAUUGCACUCCCGGUGCCCGUGAUUGUGUCCAAUUUCAACUACUUUUACCACAGAGAGACUGAAGGAGAGGAGCAGGCACAGCUCCUCAACGUGAGCAAUCCCAACAUUGCCACCGACUCCAGCUCUAGUCGGCGCAGCUCAUCAAUUGUCAGUAAGUCGGAAUAUGUAGAGAUAGAUGAGGACAUGAACAACAGCAUUGACAAUUUUAGAGAGGCGAAUCUAAGAACUGGGAACUGCACCAUCAUGAACCAGAACUGUGUGAACAAGGGAAAGCUUCUAACAGAUGUGUAAUGUCCAGUUUCAUCUUGGAGAAACAUCUCAACCAUACCCAGUGUGUUAAUACUACCAGAAUGCGUUAUUGCAUUGCUUUUGCUUUACCCUAUGUUUACAACAAGGGAUUCUUUCUACAGAUAUAAGAGAUUGUCUAAAGUGAAGAUACUGUGGUUUAAAAUAUUCAAUUCUAAGAAAAUGCAAGUCCAAUGGGAGACUCUGCGACUCUCUGUCAUCACAGAAACAAUUACACAUGGAUUUUUAUUAUAACACAUUGCACACGGCAUCCAGGAACGUGCAUCAGACCUUCUAGAGCAUCUGCAGAUACUGAUACGUGGUCUGCUUUUGGGGGAUAUGCGAUGUCACAUCUUGAGCUCCACUGAGCAGAAUAGAUGCACCUUAUUGUAACAGGAAAAGCAUAGUGUUCCAGUCUUGCUCUAAGGAUUCAUGCUGGACAGGUGGCACUUUUCUGGAAGACAUCUGCAAUGCUGCUAUUUCUCCCGCAGAUGCUAGGACUUUCCCCAUUAUUCCCAAUACCAUGUGAGAGAGCACAUGUAUUUUUGGGAGAUUAUAAGCAUGUUAAAGUAUUCUUUGUUUUUUGAUAUUGGCAUGCACAAACAUUACCUCAUUAUUUUCUUUUCCUUUUUUGUUUUUCCAUUUAUUUAUGCCCUCAGUUUUUAUCUCAUUUGGUUUCACCAAAAGUGCAAUGGUUAUUAUUUAUUGUUCCUGGUAUAGAUUAUUUAAAAGCAUUUAUGAGCUGAAUGUUUAAUCUUAAGGUCAGAGCAGUUAAUUAUAGAGAUCGUGGCAUGUCAACUAUGAAGCAUUGAGGCCUACUCGACUCAGGUACUGUGUAUCCUGCUAUAAUUAAUGCAUGACAUCAGUGUUACGAAUUGAGAUUGGUUUGUAUGUAUUUGUAGAUUAAUGAAGGGAUACACCAAUCAUCUAUAACAUUAAAACCACCAUGUUUCUACGCUCAUUGUCCAUUUCAUCUGCUUCACUUACCAUAUAGGUGCACUUUGUAGUUUUACUAUUGCACCCUGUAGUCCAUCUGUUUCUCUGCAUACUUCAUUAGCCCCUUUUUACCCUAUUCGUCAACGUUCAGGACCUCCACGGGAUGACCACAGAGGGUCCUGUGGGGGCCCUGAAUGUUGACGAAUAGGGUAAAAGAGAUCUAACAAAGUAUGCAGAGAAACAGAUGGACUUCGGUUUGUAAUUGUAGAACUACAAGUGCACCUAUAUGGUAAGUGGAGCUGAUAAAAUGGACAGUCAGUGUAGAAACUAGGUGUUUUUAAUGUUAUGGCUGAUUGGUGUACAUGUUGAUUUUAAAGAAAUAUAUUUCCGAAGAUCUUAGUGGCAUUUUGAAAUAAUAUUGGUACACUCCAAACAGUAUUGCAUCCACGGAGAACACAACAUGGAGGUGGCAACCCACAGAUGAUAAUCAUAACAAUUCUAAAGCUACUUGUAAAUUAUGCACCCAACAUUUAAAGGUACACUAAUUAAGUUUUUUCCUAGGAUUCCUCAGUGUCUGCCAUUGUCGAUGAUAUCACAAGUUAACUUUUCAUGCGUGGACCGGUUCAGUGUUGUAAUCCAUUUUUAUUUGGUGCACGUAGCAUUUGUACACACAAAUGCAUCCACAGUAUUCUCGCAAGAACUUUACUAGCAUAGCACUUCUGAAAAAAAAAAGGAGAAAAAUGACACUACAGAAAUCUCACUUAGACUCUUUUAAUGCUUGCAAGAUGUUCAUGAUUUAAAGUGUAAAAGUAGGAGGAAAAUGUUACUUAGUGUAUCUUUAACUACUUUAACAUCUACAUUUUUGAAGAUACACACUCUGUUUUCAUUGCAUAUAGUGCCUUUAACCCUCUAACAGACAGAACCGUUAAAAGUGCCUCCAUGUACAAUAGCAUUUUACUGUGCAGCUCCUUUUAACCUACUGUACGAUACAUAUUGAAGUACCCAUCUGAGUAUCAUUCAGACUAUUGUAGUGAAAAAAUGCAAAAAGACUGCGCAUAAAGCUAGUGGGGGAGGGGGUCUGUUAGUGGAAUAGUCUGGAAUGAAUAGUACAAUGCAUGGCCUCCAUGACGACAUAAUGAUUGAGAAGGCAACAAGAAAACGAUUCUAAUGUAGGAUAUUUCAGGAUUUGCCCCUUCGAAUCCCUGUAUAUAAACCCCAUUAAGCGAUUUAAUCUCAGAAACAGAAACAGUCAUCAUUGUACAGAGAACAAUUAGAAAUAUCUAUUUUUCAUCUCUUUCACUGUCCAUUUAUUUUCUGCUUUUUUGCAUCAUACCAUAACAAGCCUUUUUAUGUGUUUGUCUACCUCAGUGUGGUCAUGUUUGGAGUGUUCGUGAAACCCAGAAGCUUAACAUCUAGCUAGGCAUUCUCCCAAGGUCAUGAACCACAGUCUUUUAUGUAAUGAAUUAAUAGAGAAAAGUGCUAUAAAUGGCUAUUUAAGAAGUCGUGCACACUUUUAACUGCCAGAAUUUGGAAAUCUGAGAGAAAAUAAUAGAAAUCACCAUUCUACAGGAGUCUGAGAUGACCAUAUUUAGUAUAGUUUAGGAGCAGUAGUGUUAUUUCUUAACAAACAGCAUGCCUAGAAGCAUAAAUGUAUAUGAUUUCAACACUGCCAGUAUAACCAACCUACUGCCGAGUCCAAAAGAGUACAUUUAUUCACAUAAACAACAAGCUACAGGGAAAUGCUAACCAUUCCUUUAAAAGCCCUAUAAUAACAGUAGUACAGUAAAGGUAUGCAAGAGGUGUGUUACGAGCAGUCUAAACGCAUACUCAUGUAAAAGUGUUGUUAUGUUGGUGAAAUAAUGACUCAGUCAGAGGUGAAACCUUUCCAGAGGCUCAAUUCUUCUCUUUUUAGGGCAUCUUUGGUCUCAAAUGAUAUAAACCUCAGUCAUCAGAGGUGUUAACAAAUUGCAAAGUAUAGUACAGAAGUCACCAAUGUAUCUGAAAAAACAAUAGUAACUAAAUGUUAAUGACUAAACUGUAAAUAAUAUUGUAUCUCUUUUCAUCACAAAUAGAUUUAAGUAGAAGUAAACAUAUUCCAAUUAGAAAAUACUCAGGAAAGUACAAACCCAUCACAGUUUUACUUGAGUAUAUUGACUAAGUACUAUCCACCUCUGGGCUUACUGGACUUCAGUACUGUUGAUGUACAGAUGGAUGUAAAGUUUUGGUGCCCUGGUCAGAUGGCAUGUUUUGUUGAUCUUUUAAGUGAAAAUAAGUUAACACAUGUUCUACAGAGAACACACUUCUGCGCAUUUUAACAUACAACUGUUCAUACCCUGUUUUACUGUUUUUUGCUGACUUUAACUUAUAACACGAGAACAAUAUGAAGCAUAAAAUGCAGCAUGUGCAAUAUAUAAUAUACAUUUAUAUUCCAUUCAUUUAGCAAAUAAAUAGACAUUGUGCAUUAAAAUGUGCAGAAAAAAAUAGUCAAGUUUAGGUGUGUUCCUUGUAGAAAUGCUCAUAGAACCUGCUCCCUCUGUUGUCUUAGAAAAUCAAUAAACCAUGCCAUUUGUUCAGGGCUGUUUAAACUUUUGCAUAUGACUGUAUGGGUUCUUGGAAGUACAGCUGACAGCAACAGUUGUAGGAAAAAGUCCAAUUAGAAGUUCCUAGAAAAAGAUCCAGGAGUUUAUAGGAUUGGGGGGUUUAUAAAUAGGUUUUAUAUAUGGCUGAAGAUAUUCUGAUGGAAAGUGAAGGGUGCAAAGUAGAGAGCAUGAGAAUAAUGUGUUAAUUGGGCUUUAGCAGCUGCAUCCUGCCAAUAUAGUAUAACCCAGUGUUUCAAGAGAUUUCUACCAUGAGCAUUUUCUGUACAUUUUCAUGUCAGAGUAACAACAUUUACUUAAGAGUAUUUUUUAUAAACUAUGGCAGAUAAACCAGGGGACCAAAAAUAAUUCUCUCUCCCUUUACAUUGUGCACAUUGUGCAAAAUACUAUAUAAUACUGACAUAGCUAUUAUACUGGGAAAUAAUCCUCAUUAAAAAAUCUUUACAUUAUUUUAUCUUUCUUUUUUCACUGUAUGAAAUGGGAACAUUACCCAAACCCUUUCUAUAAUUGCCAUAAUAAUUUCUAAUCAUUUCUUUCGAAAAAGCUUUUUAAUUACAGGCUUGGGUCAUGAUUUAAUGAGGGUCUACAUCAAUGGAAUUCUAUAAAACAGCCAUUGAUUUUUAAUGAUGUUACACAAUUUGAAGUAUUUAAUCUUAUUUUCAUAUAUAUAAACAUAUUUAUUGAUAAGAAGGAGAAAACUACUGGCCCUUUUCUUUGUAUUUAAUUGCUUUUAUGCUUUAAACAGUUCAGCUGCAUUGUACUGGGUUGGUUAUGGUAGUACUAAACGUCUUAUAUAUUUGUUCUUUUCUGUUUUUAUAAUGUUUUAUAAUCUGUUACAAUUACUAUAUGUAAGCUUUAUUACUGAGGUCUGAAAGAAUGUUAGUGCUUUCUGAACCUUUUUACUAAACGUAAAUGUAAGGGUAAAAUGGGGAGAAACCAAUGAAAUUCCAUCCAGUGUGAUAUGAGCCCUCUACUCUGCUCUUCAUUUAGAUAUCAUUACUAUACAUCAUGGUUAACAAUAACAAGAUGCAGUAAAGUCAGAGACCACCCUUUGUUUAUUCAAAUUCCAUUCAGAAUAGCUAGUAAAUACAAGGCAGCAUCAAGAAAAAAGCAGGAAACAAGGAUUUAACAGAAAACUACACAGAAGCCUCAACAACUAUUUAUAACAUCAGAUGUGUAGUGUGUCCACUUUUUGCCAUUGCUACAGCUUUUUUGGUAGACAUGCUUUCUGUUUUUUUUGGAUGUUAUUUACACCUUCAAAGUUUAGUCUAAGAAGUUGGUUUCAUUUUCUGCUUUUCAUGACCCAAGUUAUUCCAAAUAUAUUAAAUCAUGUUGAGGUCAGGACUUGGAUGGUCAGUCCAUUAUUCAGAGAGCACUUCUUUGUUAGAUUUUCAAAGUAUUGUCUAUUUCCUUUUCUCAGUAAUGACUUCUUGACAGCUACACAUCCUUUUAGACUCACAGUGUUGAGUUGGCUUCUCACAGAGGAAGGAUGGACAGAACCCUUGUGGAUUUUAUAAAUUUCAAGUAAAAGUGGAGCUUGAUUUUCUCUUCUUUGUCAAAGGUGAAAGCUUGAUGAAGCUUUUAAAGUGAUGUUUAUCUGAUGGGGACAGUUUUGGUGAUCUACCAGGUCUUGGAUGGUUGUUGGGAGUGUCGUUUUUGUGUUAUUGUUUUUUAUGAAGUGCAAAAAAAGUUUUAUGAACUGAAAAUUUUCCCCUUCCCUAUUCAAAUCUCCUGAAAAAUGAAUAACUCAUACUUCAUGGUUUUGGCUGGAAAUGAAUGAAAUGACGGGUGGUCUCUGACUUUGGCAAAGUACUGUAAGUUACGUUCAUCUUGACAAAAUAUGUACUGUAAGGAAAUGCUCAUCAAGCCUUUUCAUCAUAUAUGUCAAACACGGUACCACAGAGUAAUAAGGUUUUUGUUCUGCAGUGCUCACCCCAUGUGUCUGUUAUAUUCAAGCGCUUUUAAUGUGGUGAGCUUUUUAAUGUGUUCAUUUAACUGCUUAAUCUGCAUGAUAAAACAAAAGAAAGAACUGCAUGAUCCAAAUAAGUCAAAGGAUGAAAUCUGAAUCUGCCUCAACAUUUACAUGUCUGCCCUCAUUUGCUUUAGGAUUUUCUGCCAAAUACUAUUAUUAUUAUUAUUAUUAUUUUAUUCUGGAUUAUAUUCAUGGCAAAGAAGUACAGACAUCAUUGCUCAGUGUGUGUGUAACAUCCAGAUCUCUUUUCCAUACACAGCUAUCUGUCCACACACACACACACACACAUUAAAAUUAGACUGACUACUUAAUGUGACCUUUAUUUUGGACUGUGCUGUUUUUGGAUGUUGUUCUUAUACUGUAUGUUCCUUAGGUCCAUGUUUCUGAGUCCUUUCGUCAAACAUUCAGGAUCCUGCAGCAGCUUAUUCUGUUUCAUCAUAUGCUGGUGAAGGCAUAGUCUAUGAUCUAUGCAAGGAUGUCCAUCCCCUGUCUUCUGUCCAUCCUACUGCGCAUCCAUAUCAAUAAAUACAUAAAUAUUUGAAAUGUG